AUGAUUAAACGCUGGCCCCGUUUGGAAUAUUCCGCCUUUUCGAUUAGCCCCCGACGUAUCUACGUGUCGGGACAAUCGGGCGGCCGCGGGUUCUGUGCCGGCCGCCGAAAGGGGGGGGGGGGGCUUGAACAAUGGACGUACGUGUCGGCAUCCACUUGCCGCGGUCCCACGCGACAGGUCCGCGCCAGGAGGCUGCGCCCGACUCCUACGACCGCGGGGGAUCAAAGU